GUCGCCGAGCUCCCGGCAGGCCCCGCGCCGCGGCUGCGCAGUGCCGCGCAGGCUUUUAAUUCCAUUGUGGAGAGGACGGCGUUAUUUUUAUUAACCGGAGGCGGCGGCGGCGGCGGCGGCGGGACCCCCAGGCCUGCUCCGGGGCAUGAAAGUCGGCAGCGCGUUCCUGAGCGGCGGCGGCGGCGGCGCGGGUAGCGGCGGGCGGGCGGAGAUGGAGCCUAGCUUCCCGCCGGGCAUGGUGAUGUUCAACCACCGGCUGCCCCCGGUCGCCAGCUUCGCGCGGCCGGCGGGCGCGGCCGCCCCUCCCCCGCAGUGCGUGCUGGCCGCCGCCCCGGCCGCGGCCCCGGCCGCCGAGCCCCCCCCGGCGCCCGCCCCGGACGUGACUUUCAAGAAGGAGCCGGCGGCGCCCGGCGCGGCCUUCCCGGCGCAGAGGACCUCCUGGGGCUUCCUGCAGUCGCUGGUCAGCAUCAAGCAGGAGAAGCCGGCAGACCCCGAGGAGCCGCCGGGCGCCCCCCACCCCCACUACGGGGGGCUGUUCGCGGGGGCCGACGAGCGGGCGCCGGGGCUGGGCGCCGGGGACGCGGGCUGCCCGGGCGUCAUCCAGGACCUGAGCGUCCUGCACCCGCCGCCGCCCGCCCCGCACCCCCGCGACGUGCUGCUCGGCCGGACUGACGACCCCCGCGGCCCCGAGGAGCCCAAGCCGGACGCGAGCGUCAAGAAGGCCAAGAGGCCAAAGCCAGAAUCUCAGGGAAUCAAAGCCAAGAGGAAGCCGGGCGCAUCUUCCAAGCCGUCGCUGGCGGGAGACGGAGAAGGCGCCGUCCUGUCCCCAAGCCAGAAACCUCACAUCUGCGACCACUGCAGCGCCGCUUUCCGCAGCUCCUACCACCUGCGGAGGCACGUCCUCAUCCACACCGGCGAGCGGCCCUUCCAGUGCAGCCAGUGCAGCAUGGGCUUCAUCCAGAAGUACCUGCUGCAGAGGCACGAGAAGAUCCACAGCCGGGAGAAGCCCUUCGGGUGCGAUCAGUGCAGCAUGAAGUUCAUCCAGAAGUACCAUAUGGAGAGACACAAGCGGACGCACAGUGGAGAAAAGCCAUACAAAUGUGACACUUGCCAGCAGUAUUUCUCAAGGACUGAUAGACUGUUGAAGCACAGGCGCACGUGCGGCGAAGCCCUGGCGAAGGGGGCGCCCAGUGCAGAGCCUGGGUCAUCCAGCAACCAUAGCAACAUAGGUAACCUGGCUGUGUUGUCUCAGGGAAGUACAAGUUCUUCAAGGAGAAAAGCGAAGUCGAGAAGCAUAGCUGUUGAAAACAAGGAGCCCAAGACUGGGAAAGCAAAUGAAUCCCAUAUGUCAAACAGCAUAAACAUGCAGAGUUACUCAGUAGAAAUGCCUACUGUGUCUUCCAGUGGGGGCAUCAUCGGCGCUGGCAUAGAGGAACUCCAGAAGAGGGUGCCAAAAUUGAUCUUUAAGAAAGGAAGCCGGAAGAGCAUGGAUAAAAACUACCUGAACUUUGUGUCACCGUUACCAGACAUAGUUGGACAGAAGUCCUUGUCUGGGAAACCGAGUGGCUCCCUUGGCAUCGUGUCAAACAGUAGCGUGGAGACCAUUAGUCUCCUCCAAAGUACAAGUGGCAAACAAGGUCAAAUCAGCAGUAAUUAUGACGAUGCCAUGCAGUUCUCAAAGAAAAGAAGAUACCUACCCACCGCCAGCAGCAACAGUGCCUUUUCCGUGAACGUGGGACACAUGGUCUCCCAGCAGUCCGUCAUUCAGUCGGCGGGCGUCGGUGUUUUGGACAAUGAGGCCCCGUUGUCCCUUAUUGACUCCUCGGCCCUGAAUGCGGAAAUUAAGUCUUGUCAUGACAAGUCGGGAAUUCCUGACGAGGUUUUACAAAGUAUUUUGGAUCAGUACUCCAACAAGUCCGAGAGCCAGAAGGAGGAUCCUUUCAACAUAACAGAACCACGAGUGGAUCUGCACGCCUCAGGAGAACACUCAGAACUGGUUCAAGAAGAAAAUUUGAGCCCGGGCACCCAGACUGCUUCAAAUGACAAGGCAAGCAUGUUGCAAGAAUACUCCAAAUACCUCCAACAGGCUUUCGAAAAAUCCACGAAUGCAGGUUUUACUCUGGGACACGGUUUCCAAUUUGUCAGUCUGUCUUCACCUCUCCACAACCACACUUUAUUUCCAGAAAAACAGAUAUACACUACAUCUCCUUUGGAGUGUGGUUUCGGCCAGUCUGUUACCUCAGUGUUGCCAUCUUCGUUGCCAAAGCCUCCUUUUGGGAUGUUGUUUGGGUCUCAGCCAGGUCUUUAUUUGUCUGCUUUGGAUGCCACACAUCAGCAGUUGACACCUUCCCAGGAGCUGGAUGACCUGAUAGAUUCUCAGAAGAAUCUAGAGACUUCAUCAGCCUUCCAGUCCUCAUCUCAGAAACUGACUAGCCAGAAGGAACAACAGAAAACCUUAGAGUCCUCAGCGAGCUUUCAGAUCCCAUCUCAGGAGUUAGCUGGCCAGAUGGAUCCUCAGAAGGACGUAGAGCCCAGAACAACGUACCAGAUUGAGAACUUUGCACAAGCGUUCGGUUCUCAGUUCAAGUCGGGCAGCAGGGUGCCAAUGACCUUUAUCACGAACUCUAAUGGAGAAGUGGACCAUAGAGCAAGGACUUCAGUGUCAGAUUUCUCAGGGUAUACAAACAUGAUGUCUGAUGUUAGUGAGCCAUGUAGUACCAGAGGAAAGACCCCCACCAGCCAGAGUUACAGGUAAGGUCCCAAGAGUGACCAGGCUGGAGGUCUUCUAAUGUAAUUUUGUUUUAUUUUGAGAACACUGCCAUUGGAAUGUUUCUACACGAUCCUGUUAAGAAUAAUGUAAUGCCCUUUCAAUGCAACUUUUCAUAUUUAGUUUAUUUUGUUAGUGUGAUUUUAGCUCUGUUUGUAUUAUGAUUUUUAAUCAAAUCAAUAGAUUAAAAUAGUUUGACAUUCAAAGUGACAAUGUUUAGCAAUCAAAUUUACAUGUAUAGAUGGUCAGGGAAUAGCCCAAAAGUUUUAAAUGCAAAAAAAACAAAACAAACAAAAAAAAACAAAAAAAAAAACCGUACAAAAAAACAAAACAAAAAAAACCACACAAAAACAAAAAAACAAAAAAAAAACUUUGUUGCUAGGAUUAAGGUUAUUCUAAUUGCUUUACUCUCAGGAAAGUGUAAUAACGCAUGGGAAUUCUGUACGUUAUCACUGUAAUGGAAUAUCCAAUUUACAGAUAGUAUGAUAAUACAUUUCAUCACUUAAGUAAGGGAUCGAAAACAUUUCAAAUUGCUCUAUCUGGGCUGAUACGAUACACGUGUCAUCAUUUAAGUAAGGGAUCGAAAACAUUUCAAAUUGCUGUCUCCAUCUGGGCUGAUCCAAAAUUCUGAGAUGUUGGCUACCUAUAUUUUGUUGCAGCUUUUAAAUGUACUCUGAACUUCCAAACCACAUUCAUUCCAGCCUGGUAGAACAAAUAUUCUUGGAUCUUUGAUCAAAGCCUGGAAUGAUAGCUUUAAUAAAAGGAAAAAAAAAAAAAAAAAAAAAAA